AUGCAUGCGGAGCUGGAUGAUGAGUGUACGAUGUCGGAGUGGGAGGCCAUGCUGGAACUGGAUGAGGCGCUGGCAGGAUGGCUCCUGCGGGGUCCAGCUAGAGGGGAGUGGGGCUGGGAGUGGGGCUGGGCUGCCACGGACCUCCAAGACCCCGAGUGGGACACAGAGGAUAUUCCCGCUCUCCCCGACACAGAGAGGCUCAUUGUGGACUACUCGUGCGCUCUUCAACGGGACAUCCUCCUGCAGGGACGACUCUACCUCUCUGAGAACUGGAUCUGUUUCUAUAGCAACAUCUUCCGCUGGGAAACACUUCUAACAGUCCGACUAAAGGACAUCUGCUCAAUGACGAAAGAGAAGACGGCUCGCCUCAUUCCCAAUGCCAUCCAGGUCUGCACAGACACUGAGAAGCACUUCUUCACCUCAUUUGGCGCCAGGGACAGGACCUACAUGAUGAUGUUCAGACUGUGGCAGAAUGCACUGCUAGACAAGCCACUGUGUCCGAAAGAACUGUGGCACUUUGUUCAUCAGUGCUACGGAAACGAGCUCGGCCUUACCAGUGAUGACGAGGACUACGUUCCCCCUGAUGAUGACUUCAACACCAUGGGGUUCAGUGAGGAGAUUCCCAAUGAAGAAAAUGAGAUCAACAACGACAACUUGACAAAGAACAGCGCGGAGGCCAAGCCUGAGGGGAGCCCUCCUCUGCUGCAUAAGAAGGUCGUGUCAAACAGCAACCUCGCGAGCCCUGGCAACCAUGACAUGCCCAUCACAUUUGAACUCCCAGUGGAGGAAUUUGCAGACUGCCUCCCAGAUGGUGAGCUGUUGCCUCUGCCUCUGGUGCUGGAGGAGAAGAACCCGACCAGCGGGCCUGGCGGUCCUCUCCCUUCACCGUCACUGGACUUUAACGACAACGAAGACAUUCCCACUGAGCUCAGCGACUCCUCAGAAACCCAUGACGAGGGUGAGGUACAGGCUUUCCACGAGGAUCUGAACGGCAGGCAGCAUAUCAACGAGGUGUACAAGUUCAGCGUGGACAAGCUCUACGACAUCCUUUUCACAGAGUCCCAGUUUAUGAGUGACUUCAUGGAGCAGAGGCGAUUCUCAGAUGUGGUUUACCACCCAUGGAAGAAAGAGGAGGCUGGGAACCAGACCAGAGAGAUCAUGUACACCAUCUCUCUGUCCAAUCCCCUGGCACCUAAAACAGCCACCGUCACGGAGACACAGACUCUGUACAAAGCCAGUCAGGAGAGCGAGUGUUACAUAAUUGAUGCUGAGGUCAUCACACACGAUGUGCCCUACCACGAUUAUUUCUACACGCUCAACCGCUACAUGCUCACACGGGUGGCCAAGAAUAAGUGCCGAUUACGGAUAUCAACAGAGCUGCGUUACAGGAAACAGCCGUGGGGGCUGGUGAAAGGCUUCAUAGAGAAGAACUUCUGGAGUGGGCUUGAAGAGAACUUCCGCCAUCUUGAGCUCGAGUUGUCCAAGCUGGAAGAGAUACUGACCGAAGCACACCAGCUGUCCCCAAAGGCCAAGGUGGUCAAGAACUCCACAGUCCGGCGGAAGAAGAGGCCGCUUCCGCACAUGCGCAGCCAACACCUGGAGGAGGCCCUCAGCCCCGUCACCACACCAACAGACGAGGAAGUGAUUCAGAGGAUCAAACAAGUGGCAGGCUCCACACAGACCAGACACCAGAGUCCAGAACACCAUCACCUGCCGGGAGGCCUGGCUCUGUACAGCGUCUCCAAACUGCUGCUCAUCAUCAGCUUUGUCCUGGUCCUGCUGGUGUUCCUCAACAUGAUGCUUUUCUACAAGCUGUGGAUGCUGGAGUAUUCUGCACAGUCCUUAACAACUUGGCAAAGUCUUCGGCUUCAGGAGAGUAAACUGCCUCAGACACAGAUGGAGUGGGCCCAGCUCCUGGAGGCGCAGCAGCGUUACCAUGACGCCGAGCUGCAGAAGUGGAGAGAAAUUAUCAAGUCGUCAGUUGUGCUGCUGGACCAGAUGAAAGACUCUUUGCUGAACCUCCAGCGAGGCAUUGGUUUAAGGGACUACACCUCUGAGAGUGAGGAGAAGAGAAGUCGCUAUCACUGA